UUCUGCGAUGGUUCGUUUUUUCUCUUUCAUUUUUUCCUAUCACAACAUUGACAUCCUCUCUUUUGUAGUGUUUUGUUUUUUCCAGACGAAAUUUAUUCAAAUUAAACGGCAGACGAUUCGGUGAUCGAUUAUUAGGCCGGUAUGGGUGAUUUCGUCCACAUGUUUACUGUGAGCCGGAGAAAGAACACACCCAUCCCGUCUGGUUUAUUGUUAUUAUUCGGAGGAGUUUGGAGCAAUGCAAUGGAAAGCCAGCUAGAGACGGUACUUGUCAAAUAAUGUUUAUAUUUCAUCAAACCCUGAGAAUUUUCAAGAUGUGAGGAAAACAUGUGGAAAGUGGUGAAACUGAGCAACAAGUGGAGCCAAAAUGUAUAACUUCCUGAACAACUCAGCAUGAAAUUUGAAGAUAUGCCUCAACUUCCCAUUCCUACACUAGCUGGAAUAUCUGGUCUCACAGACUUGUGGAACCACCUUCCCUUGCCGUCUCCGCUUCCUGCCACUAAAGCUCGGAGCUUCCUGUACAGCAGAAGGAUAGCAGAAGAUGUCUUCUGUCUCUUGGCCAGUCAGGACGAGAAGCUGGUGUCCCAGCUGGCCCACAGCCUCAGCCAGGUCUCCAACGAGGACAUAGAACCGAAGGAGAGUGUGGAGAUCGAUGGCCCAGAAGGAGAGGUUCCUGUUCUGCUCGCGACGCUGCUGUCCAGACACCCCAAGGUAUUCCUGGAGAACACGACAGGCCAGCGCAGGGUCAAAGGAGCCCCAGAGCCUAGCGCGGUGCUGGGUAAGGAGGUGAAGACGUAUAAGCGCAAGCAUGAGGCCGCUGGAGAGAAGGCCAGAGCUACAGAGGCUGGCUCUAACGAAGAGGAUCAGGACACUUUCAAUGAAGCUGUCCAGAAGAAGUCAAAGAGGCCCCAGGAGAGGGACGUGUUUCAGGAGGAGAGAAGGCCUCUCGGGGAACGUCAGCAACACGACAGGGAUCCAGAGGAGGCCCCUCCAGAGGACACACUGGAAGGCUCUCCGAAGCCCCCCGGUCGUGGCAUUGCUGCAAAGUCAAACAAAAUGGAGGAAAGGAGGAGUAGACUAUACCAGCCCAAGUUGACACCUGAAGAAAUGAUCGAUUCCCCAACGUUUAAGGGAUUUGUGGCAAGUAUGGAUGAUAUUCUUGAGAACCUUGAGGACGUGGACUUCGCUGCCAGAGGGGAAGAUGAAGAUGAAGAGGAUGAAGAUGAUGAGGUUCCCCAAGAGCUGUUGCUUGGGAAGGACCAGUUGAAUGAGCUAAGCAGUGAGUCUGCCAAAAUCAAGGCUAUGGGCGCCACUUAUAAGCUGCCAACCGUCAAGUUAAUCAAGGUUUUGAACAUCCUUGAGAAAAACAUUCGGGAUGGUGCCAAACUGUCAAUGUCAACGAACCGCGCCGACGACGCUGCGGACGGAGACCGGGGGGCCCUCGAUGACCUCGUCGAGCGCGUGACCAACGCGGCCGACGCCUGCCUGACGGCGCUCCACGUGAUGACGGCGCCGCAGAUGCCCAAGGCGGUGUACCUGGAGGAGGUCAUCGAGAGGGUGCUGCAGUACACCCGCUUCCACCUGCAGGCCACCGUCUACCCCCACUACGACCGCGCCCACAGGGGGGAGCCCCGCGGAGGCAGCAAACGGCCGAGGUGUCCCAGUUACAGGCAGAAGGCCGUGGCCGUUGUGUACAGCAAACUGUGUGACAUCAUCAGCCACCUGUCUGAGCUGCUGAGGAUCCAGCUGCUCACCGACACCACCGUGCUGCAGGUGACCUCCAUGGGAAUGACGCCGUUCUUUGUCGAGAACAUCAGUGAAUUGCAGCUAUGUAGCAUCCAGCUAGUGACUGCAGUGUUCGCCCGGUACAAGAAGCACAGGCAGCUGAUUCUGGAAGAGGUGUUCACCUCCCUGGCCAAACUCCCCACGAGCAAGCGCAGCCUCAGGCAGUUUAGGAUUAACGGCAGCAGUGUGGAUAAGGAGCCCCAGUACAUCCAGAUGGUCACAGCUUUAGUGCUUCAGCUCAUCCAGUGUGUGGUUCAUCUGCCCUCUGACAAGCACGUGGAGAAUUUGCACGACAAGAAGGCGGAUCAAGGUGGGCUUAUCAUAAACUCCUAUGAGGCCACCAUGAGGACGGCUCAGAGCUUCUUGUUAGUCUUUCUCAAGAAGUGUGGCAGUAAGCAGGGGGAAGAAGAUUUCCGGCCGCUGUUUGAGAACUUUGUCCAGGACCUGCUGAUGGCGGUGAACAAGCCUGAGUGGCCAGCGGCUGAGCUACUGCUCAGUCUGCUGGGGAGACUCCUGGUGUACCAGUUCAGCACCAAGCAGACAGAGAUGGCUCUCAGGGUCGCGGCGCUGGACUACCUGGGCACCGUCGCCGCCCACCUACGCAGAGAUGCAGUCGACACCGGGGUGGACCAAUCAGCCAUCGAACAAAUCCUGAAAGAGGUACCUGGCAGGGAGGAGACCCUCCGGCUACAGAAAGCCCUGCUGACCUACCUGGAGGACGAUGAGGAGAGGGACUGGUCUCUGGAGUUUGCCAGGAGCUUUUACAUUGCCCAGUGGUUCCGGGACACCACCACUGAGACGGAGAAAGCUGUGAACCUCCUGAAGGACUCAGAGCUUCCAAGCAGACGACAUCUGGUCACGAAUGCCAACUCCGCCUCAGACGUCGUGCGACGGGCGGAGAAGCGGAAAAAGUUUUACCUCAAAGUCGCAAAGAACAUCACACCGAGAAUAAAUCCGUUCAGCACGGACUACGAGGACGCCUGUCUGAUCGCCAGGCAUCUGGCCUCGACGCGACCCUUUGCGAAGAGCUUCAAUGUUUACCUAACACAGAUUCUCCGCGUGCUGGGGGAGAGUGCCAUCGCGGUCAGAACCAAAGCCAUGAAGUGUCUCUCUGAGGUGGUGGCCGUGGAUCCUAGUAUACUCUCACGGUCCGACGUGCGGCGGGGGGUCCACGCCCGCUUGAUGGACAGCUCCACCAGCGUGCGGGAGGCCGCCGUCGAGCUAGUCGGACACUUUGUACUCAGCCGGCUCCAGAUCACCGAGCAUUACUACGACAUGCUCGUCGAAAGGAUACUGGACACAGGCAUCAGCGUGAGGAAAAGGGUGAUCAAGAUCCUCAGGGACAUCUGCUUGGAGCAGCCGGACUUCCACAAGAUCACCGACACCUCAGUCCGCAUGAUCCGCAGGGUCAACGACGAGGAGGGCAUCAAGAAACUGGUCAAUGAGACUUUCCAGAAGAUGUGGUUCACCCCAACACCAGGUCACCACAAGGAGGCCCUAGCAAGAAAGACCCGCGUGAUCACAGAUGUGGUAUGGGCAUGCAAAGAUUCUGGCUAUGAAUGGUUUGAACAGUUACUCCAAAAUCUACUGAAGUCGGAGGAGGACGCCUCCGUUAAACCUGCAACUAUGGCCUGCACUCAGCUGGUGGACAACUUAGUAGAACACAUCCUCACGUUUAAGGAGUCUUAUGAAGACUGUGAGGGCAGAGAGGACUCGGACCACCUGAUCUCCUCCCUCACCACCCUCUACCUGUUCUGCAAAAUCCGAGCGCAGCUAUUGGUCAAACAUGCCUUGGCCAUGCAGCCUUACCUGGCCACCGAGUGUUACAGGGAGAACGACUACAUGGUGGUCUGCAACGUGGCCAGGAUCCUCGAGCUGGUGGUGCCCCUGAUGGAGGAGCCCAGCCGAGGCCUCCUCCUCACCCUGGAGGAAGACCUCAUGAGGCUCAUCAUCAAGCACGGCGUGACGGUGGUCCAGCAUUGUGUGAGCUGCCUGGCUGCCGUGGUGAACCAGGUCACGCACAGCUACACGUUUGUGUGGGCCUGCUUUAAUCGCUUCUAUGGCGCUCUGAUCAGACUGAAGGUCCAGCACCAGGAGGACCCCGACUGCCCGGCCCUGGAGGCCCACCGGGCGGCCCUGCUGCGCUCCCUGCUCACCGUGGGGGCCCUCUGCAGACACUUUGACUUCGACCGGGACCACUUCAAGGGAGCCGGCAACAAGAUCGUCAUCAAGGACAUGGUGCUGGAUCUGCUGCUCCACUUCACCACACAUCGGGAGGAGGAGGUGCAGGCCAAAGCCCUCAUGGCUCUUGGCUCUCUCUUCAUCAUGCACCCGGCGCUGAUGUUCACCCAGGAGGUGAGAGCGCUGUACACCGCCGUCCUGUUGGACCGCAGCGGGGCGGUGGGGCUGAAGGUCCAGGUGCUGAAGAACCUACAGAGCUACCUGCAGGAGGAGGACUCCCGCAUGCUGGAGGCCGACCGCGACUGGCAGACACUGUCCAAGCAGGAGGACCUGAAGGAGAUGGGGGACAUCUCGUCGGGGAUGAGCAGCUCCAUCAUGCAGCUGUACCUCAGGCCGGUUCUGGAUGCCUUCUUCCACCCAGAGGCCACUGUCAGACACUUUGCCCUGAGCGGCAUCGUGCUGACGCUCAGCCAGGGCCUCAUCCAUCCUGUGCAGUGUGUUCCCUACCUGAUCGCCAUGGGAACCGACCCAGACCCCACCAUGAGGAACAAGGCUGACCAGCAGCUGGUAGACAUUGACAAGAAAUACACAGGCUUCAUUCAUAUGAAGGCGGUGGCGGGGAUGAAGAUGGCCUACCAGGUGCAGCAGGCCAUCGCAGGCCCCGAGGCCACCGUUCUCCGAGGUUUCCGGGAGGACCACGCCCACUCGGCCCUCUGCUCCCGCCUCUUCUCCAUGGUCCGCACCAACCGCACGCACAGGAGGGCCUUCCUCCUCUCCCUGCUCAACCAGUUCGACGACAGCGCCAAGACGGAGGUGAAUCUGUUGCUGUUCAUCGCCGACAACCUGGCGUAUUUCCCCUACCAGAGCCAGGAGGAGCCUCUGUUCAUCAUGCACCACGUGGACAUCACGCUGUCCGUCUCCGGUAGCAACCUGCUGCAGUCCUUCAAGGAGUCUUUACACAAAAAUCCAGCAUCAAAGAAGAAGAAGAGGAUAAAUUCUCCUCAAAUCAAGAAACCUUGUUAUGAUGCUGACGGGCGAGAUAAUACAAGAUCUAACACGAAUGCUGGUGGUGACGGUGAUGAUGAUGAUGGUUACGAAGAAGACGCAGUCCCAAGGGAAACACCUCAGCCCCCGGAGUCGGACUCUGAGUCGGACUCUGACUUGGAAGACGUGGACGCGGUUAUGGAGCGUCUCCCAGACAACCCCGGUCCUCUCCUGGAGUUCUCCAGCGCCUCUCAGGGCGUUCUGCUGCUGCUGGUCCUCAAACAGCACCUCAAGACCCUCUACGGCUUCUCAGACAGUAAAAUCCAGAAGUACUCGCCAGCGGAUCCAGCGAAGGUGUAUGAGAAGGCGGUGAACAGGAAGUCCAACGUGCACUUCAACCCGCGACAGACAGUGGACUUCCUCGAGGCUGGACUGGUCAGUUCAGAUCUCAGCGGCCAAGUCAAAAGGAAUAUCGUGAGGCAAUUCUUGGAUUUCAAACUGCUGAUGGAGCAAUUAGACCGCGAUGAGGAGGAUGAGGAGGUGAACACCGGCGCCAGGAACCAGGCCAUCUCCGCCCUGCUGGGCAGCCCCACCUCCAGGAAACCCCACCAGCCCAAUCUGAUGGAGACGGAGGAACGGGACACUGCGGAUGAGAGACCAUUCAAGGGGCGACCAAAGACGGCGGGGUCGCGGGCGGAGGUCCUGGACGUGGUGGCCCUCUGCUGCCCCGGGAACAGGGAGCGGCCGCAGAUAGCCAGGGUCCUCAAGAGGACCAGCGGCGGCUACACCGUGCACUGGAUGUCCGGCUCCUACGGCGGGCCGUGGGCCGAGAGCCGGCUGAGGGACGGGGGGAAGCUGGUGCCGCGGGAGGGCGCCGUGCAGGAGGCGGACGUCAUCUACAGGAGGAUAGCCCUGACCAGCGGACGGAAGCUCAAGAGCAGAGUGGCGCAGACGUUACGGGCGCUGUAUGCCGCGAAGGACGGGAAAGAGUAAUGGUGGAUUUUAAGAGGAGAGGGCUAACCCAGUGUUUGUUGUGAGACAAAAGCAGUUUUCACAAACCAGUAAGCCAUCGUAGCCAAACUUUAUAAGUCGGAGUGUGGGUGAAUGGAGUGGUUGUAUUAAGUUAAGGAGUUAGUGUCAGAAAAGAAGAGCCUUAAAUGUUGAGGGCUGUGGUAAAAUGACCCACUGGCGCAGCUCCCUGGUUGUGUAGUUCCAUACCUCACAUCUGACCAUUCAACACGAAGGGAGAUUGAAGACUUGAAAGAGGUGUCUUCCAAGGGCUGCUAUUCCCAUGCUUGAGCUAAAGAAAACAGUCUUAGAAAGACCGCUAGGGGGUGCCAACGUGUAGCAGCUCACCAUGCAACAUUUUCUUAUGUACUUGUGCAAUAUUUUGAGAUUUGUAAUUUAACUUCAAUUAUUGAGGGAUAUCCAUCUGUUACAAAUUGUGCGCUUUUCAGAAAAGGAAACAUUUGACUGCAAAAUAAAAAUAUAUAAUAUUUUAUUUUUACAUUGAUGUACUGCAUGCUGUCACUCUAAUCAAGUCUAAAAAGAGAUGCAUUUGCAGGGAACAUUUUUUAUUGUAAUGUCUUUCAACAGAUUUUUAUGAAAUACAAAGAAUAUACAGCCUACUUUUGGCGAAAAAAAUAAAUUAUUUGUUUUGAGAUUGACUUUUUUCACCCAAUCUUCCAACUUUUGUAAAAUGUGCU